AUGCUAGACCCUGGCUCACGUCGGCUCACUCUUUCAAGCAGGGCCGACGCGACCUCUGUAGAUGGCGAGAGCGACGAGCAGGACGUGGCCGACGAGAAUGAUGGUGAAGAUCGAGUCGAAGGAAGAAGUGGAUCCCCAUCGUUUACCCUCUUCGUCGACGGGAUCUCAGAACCGGCAGACUACUACCAGAUUCGGGGCCUUUUUGGGCAAAUCGGGGGUCUGCUGAACGUCUUUGUUCAGAAGCAGAAAAGGAUUGGUCGGGCUUUUCGUUUUGGUUUUGUCCGCUAUUCGUCGUUGGAUGUGGCUUCAAUGGCCAUCAACUUGUUCAACGGGGUGUUAUUUGGGGGAUCGAUCCUUUCUGCGGCUCUUGCGAAGUUUCAGAGAACGGGGCGUGGCGAUCAAAGGUUGGAUGCAACAACUGUUCUAGGUUCGCUGGUUGGGACUAGGUAUCCUCGGUCCGACGAGGGGGAGCUUUGA